UUCAUUUCCCUUGAUAAAUAACAAGUUAACAACCCUCCUAAAGUCGUACCUUCUCCUUUGUCCUUUAAUUCAUAGCUAUCCACAUCUCUUCACAAGUCCACAAAAAUGACUCACGUAAUAAUCUCAGCAGCCACCAUCUUCCUCUUUCUCUGUCUCUCUCCUCUCACCUCAACCGCAGAUACCACCGCGGUCCUCGACAUCAAUGGCCGCCCUCUUCAAGCCGGCUGCAACUACUACAUCCUCCCCGUGAUCCGAGGCCGAGGCGGGGGCCUAACAAUGACAUCUAAAAAUGCCACCGAAUUGUGCCCACUCUACGUAGCUCAAGAAGAUCAUGAAGUCUCAAAUGGCCUACCUCUCAAGUUUUACCCGGUCAAUCCUAAAGAUAAAAGGAUAUCUCUUUCAUCUGACCUCAACUUCGUGUUCGACGCCGCAACCACUUGUGUGCAAUCCACUGGGUGGAGCUUGACCAUUGAGAUGGAGACCGGAAGGCGGUAUGUCGGGACCGGGGGAGAAAUUGGGAAUCCUGGGGUGGAGACAGUCGAUAACUGGUUCAAGAUAGAGAAGGAUGGAAGUGGGAAGUAUUAUUAUAAGAUUGUGUAUUGUCCUGGUGUUUGUAACUUUUGUAAGGUGAUGUGUGGAGAUGUGGGUGUUUUUAUUGAGAAAGAUGGGAGGAGGUUGUUGGGUUUUAGUGAUCAGCCUCUUUUGGUUAUGUUCAAGAAAGCUUAAGAAAAUGUUUGGAACAUAAUGUUUUUAUGAUGAUUUUUAUGAAGAUAGUCAAUUGUGGCUCCUUUGAGAUUUUGUAAUAUGAUAUAUUAACAAAAUCUUUUUAUGUUGUGCAUGG